ACGUGGAGGGGUCCUCGCUACCCAUGAUUGAAUGCUGCCGUGCCUCGUCUUCGUGCAUGUAUGACCUACUAGGUGUCGCUCUCUCCUACUCUCUGUUCCUUUCUCAUGCACCUUCCCCGUCUUUCACGAACCUUUCCCCACCCGCUCCCGUUUGCCACGAUUGACAUUUCAUUUCUCCUCAACUCGGUUGCCCCGGCGAAAGUCUGAUUUGACUGAAUCGCCCGCCAAAGGUCAAGAUUACCAACCUCAAUCUCUUCUUCCACCCCUCAUCGCAGUACCUCAAGCACCGGAUCCAGUCCUUUGCUCUGUCACAUUCCCUAUUCAACAAUGGCUACGGCCACUUGCACAACUACCAUGACCGACUCUUACGAAGAGCCCGCCCUUGGCACUACCUCGAGCGCUCGACUACGCCCAGUCAGAGACGGACUUAAGAAGCGCCGUCAUUCUUCCUACGAACCUCAAUCCUGGUCUGCGGACACCGACGACAUUCAAUUACUGGUCGAUCGCUUCCUCAAAGAACUUGGCCGUCGUCUCGAGUUUCUGGACUCCUACGGCCAGCUAAAGUUCGACUCUAGUAUCGAUCGCGCAUACAGCACUCUUCACGCCGUGCAUGAAUCCUGUAGUUAUGUCUCGGACGAGGUCAUCGACGCUGGUAGACGGCGUGCCAAAAUCAUGGUCGAUCUUCUCGAGGACCGAUAUCGGGACGCUUUGGCAAAGAAAGAGACGUUAGAACACAAGGUACGCGAAGGCGUACGCCUGAUGGAGAAGACUCUGGUUGACUUCGAGACCCGCGCUUAUGCUAUGCGCGAUGCCGGACUGGGAGCCGUCGCAUCGGACCUCAUGGACUCUGGAAGGAGGAAGAUGGACGAGGGAAUGCACAAGGCCACUGAGCUCGUGGACGAAGGUAUUGACAAGGCUCGGCGCGCAAAGGAAGCUGUCAAAACCAAAAUAGACGAAGCUGUCAAGCGUGCAAAGGAGCAAGGCCUCAUCACCUACCACGAUUUGCCGGACCCGUGGAGGAUCAACCCACAUAUCACUCGAGGUUACCGCUUUUGCGAAACAAAGGUCGACUGUUUGCGCUCCGCCUUUUCCAUUUCCAACGAGACAGUCAACAUUCAUUCCCAUUUCGUCGGACUGCUGAUCGUCCUUUCCAUCGCCUUCUAUUUUUACCCUACUUCGGUCCAUUUCUCCUUGUCGACAAAGUCUGACAUCUUUAUUGCUGCCGUCUUCUUCUUUGCGGCAUCCAAGUGCCUGGUCUGCAGCACCGUAUGGCACACUAUGAACUCUAUUUCUAAUCAAACUCUUAUGGAGAGAUUUGCUUGCAUCGAUUACACUGGCAUUUCUCUGCUGGUGGCUGCAUCCAUCAUGACUACCGAAUACACGGCCUUCUAUUGCGAGCCCAUCAGUCGCUGGAUCUAUAUGGGCUUGACUGCUGCUCUUGGUGUUGGAGGUGUCAUUCUCCCGUGGCACCCUACCUUUAACCGCAACGAUCUCGCAUGGGCCCGAGUUGCUUUCUACGUGACCCUUGCUGGUACCGGUGCUCUGCCUGUCACUCAACUCAUCUACACUCGUGGUGCAAACUGGGCCCUCUACUUCUACGCUCCCAUCUUCAAGAGCUUGUUCGUCUACUUCACAGGCGCACUCCUCUAUGCUGCAAAGGUGCCUGAGCGCUUCGCUCCAGGUUUCUUCGACUACUUCGGCGGCAGUCACAACAUCUGGCAUUUCGCUGUACUUGGUGGUAUUUUAUUCCACUACAGCGCUAUGCAAAGCUUCUUUGCAGACGCCUUCCGCAGAGCAGACAGUCAAUGCACUAUCUACUAGUCUCCGUAUUCUCCUUCGUUAAACAUUCAUUUCUCUUCUCGAGGGCUCUUGCGCAAGUGUUGACAAGAUGUCCCUCUUCUCAUGCGCCUUUUCUUCUACUAACCCUUCUACCUUUCUCAACAACUUCUUUACCUUCGCUUCUUGCCUAUUUUUGCACAAAUACACACGUUCGGAUUUUGUAAAUACGAAGACAAAUGAAAAAACAGCAUAAACAUGAUCUGUU